GCUCGGAUUCUGCGUCGCGCAGCGCCAUUUAUGCAGUAGUAUUCCCUUUAUCUUCGAAAACGUGGCAACACCGCAAAUGUAUCUUACCACAUGGACGUUGCUUUGUUAUAUGUUGACGUUUUGUUUUCAAACGUACCAUUUUUUUUGAUGUGUUUACUACCACUUUUUUUUAGUUUCUUUGUUCUGUCGUGCUACAUGCCAGAUUUUAGUGAAAAUGGAGAUGAGCCCCUGUAUGUGUCUUGUGGAUAGGAGGCAGACAGGAAAUGGAGCAAAGUGCAUUUACAAGAACUGCAAGAAUAAAUACUAUAAAGUUGCUGGAAAAGGAAUUAGAUUUUUUCGAGUGCCUAAGGAGGACGCCAGAUGUAGGCAGUGGCUUAAGGCAUGUGGUCGUGUAGACCUUAUUAAGGAGACUUUGAGGCAUCCAAAGCGUACAAGACGUAUAGGGUUUGUUCAGCUCAUUUUGAGCAGCACAUGUACAACAGUCCAGCAGAAAUGACUCACUUGUUACCCUCAGCCAUGCCUGCUUUGUAUGAAGAAGUUGCCUGUCCUAAUGUUGCUUUCAGGAUUACUUCUUGGCGCAUUCAUUGUAGAAUUGUGGGCAAACAUGGGCAAACCAUGGGUCAGACCUACUUCUUACAAAUACUGUAUGGUACCCAGUUGCACAAAUACAACCAUAACAGCUCCAGAUAAAUAUUUUUUUUAUGUGCCGAAGGAUCCGAAAAUUAGAAAACAGUGGUGUAGGCUGAUGAAUAGGAACGCUAAAAUUCCUCUUUCUGACAAAUCAACACUGUACUGCUGUGAAUCUCAUUUCAAUUUAGAAGCUGAUGCCGAAAACUACAUACGGUAUAAGCUAGUCGGCGGUAGAAUGACGUUGAAGUCUGGAGUAGUACCUCAUAUAUUUCGCUGCCAGAAAAGAACAAAACAUAGUAAAUCAAGAUCCGUUUUAGAAAAACUAUGCCGAAAAGAGAUAAUAUCAACACUUUUAAAUGAAACGGAAAAUCCAAUCGAGUUCGUUUCUUGCAACAAUGAUAGCAGUAAUGAUAGUGAAGAUAUGUCUUCCAAGGAGAUUCAAAGAAUGGAUUUAAGUCAGGUGCCAGUAGAUAUCAAACAGGAAUUUGACGAGGUUCCUGAUGAAAACAGUUUAGAUCAUCCUGAAUAUAUUGGGAUAAAAUUAGAAAAUGAAGAUUUGGACUCGACUUUGUUCACAAAUGCAAAUGAGGAAGAAGUUAAGAUCGAAAGUCAAGAUAUAAAAUUAGAAAUGCCUGUUUAUGAAGGAAAUUUUGUAACUUGCGACACCAUAAAAAAUGAGAUAGAUACUAGUGAGGGAGAGACACAUACCCUGGUAUUCAUGAGUAUCCACGAGCAGUUCAGGAUGGAGAAGAACUUAAUAGAGGCAGUUCGACGUCGAAAAAUAUUGUAUGAUACGUCGGAUGCCAGUUACAUGAAGACGAAGCUCAAAUUAGCGACGUGGGAGCAGAUCGCUAGAGAAGUCGCCAUGGAAUCUGGGUCCGAGGCAAAAGUAGUUUGGGAAAAAUUAAGGCAUUGUCAUAGAGACGCCCUCAGGAGGCAAAAAAAUUGCGUGAAAGGCGGCAGUUCGGCAGUGUCUUUGAAACCAUGGAGGUACCAAAAAGAAAUGGAGUUUCUAUUGCCUCACAUGGCGAAUCGAAAGAAAUACGCAAAUGUCAUUGGCAGUGGCGAUGAAAACAAUGAAGUCUACGAAAAUUGCCGAGAAGGAGGCAGAAUCCUGGAACCUGCUGGUGACGAGAGUGGAGGGGGAAUUCACAGAAAUUACACAGAAGAAAUUGAUUUGUCAGAAGAUAGCAUAUUCAGUCAUCCAGGAUCAUCAACAAACGAUACACCACCACCGUGGAAAAAAAUGAAAACAGAUAACGAGGAAAAAAGUUCGGCCCAAACGACAGAAAUAUCUGUAUUAAUGAACGAUCCCUUAUACCAUUUCUUUAUGUCAAUGUACGAAACAACUAAAAAAAUGCCAGAGACAUCACAGCUUAGACUAAAAGAUCGAAUAUUCAGGGCUGUCUCUGGUAUGGAAGCAACAUUACUAGAUAUAUCGCCGCAACAACCACAUUUUGAUUAGUUGUUUAAUAUAGAUGUAAUAUAAUUUAACCACUUCCUUGGUAUUUUUAAUUUUAACUUCCCACACCACUGUCGAAGAAAAAUUUCGAAAAU